CCAAAUGUAUAAUUUAAAGGUGAUGUGCUUGCACUGGAAUCUUCAGGAUCUGCUCAAUAGAGCACUAUCAUGUGAUACUGGGAAUAAGGUGGAGUUCAGCUUUAAGGGGGUGUCUCCUGCUCGCCUCGCGAAUCUUUAGGGUCAGAGCUGGAGAAAUACCAGUGGAUGUUUUCCCCAUUGCCUGGCUCCUUGUUCUCCAUGCACCCUUCUGCUCAAACCUGCCCCAAAUCAAGGAACGGGGGAAAAUAAGAUCAAUUACAAGAUUGUUAUCAAGGUUAUCAAGGAAAUGAAGUGACAGCUUUUGGUGAGAUCCUGCUGGUUGAGUGCUGAGAACAUUUUGAGCUUCUGGAACCAUUCCGAAGAAACUCAGUGCAGUCCAGACCAAUGCAGGGCAUGGAUGCAAGUUCCAACAACAUGAACACAUCAUUUCUCUCCUUUGCUGGGAAUCAGUCCAUCUACCUGAACUUUUCAGAGAAGAAUUCCAGAAUCAUACACUUCCAAGAUGAAGAUUGCCACAUGCCAUUGGCCAUGGUCUUCACCUUGGCUCUGGUUUAUGGGGCUGUGAUCAUUCUUGGUGUCUCUGGAAAUUUAGCCUUGAUUAUUAUCAUCUUAAAACAGAAGGAGAUGCGCAAUGUUACCAACAUCCUUAUUGUCAACCUUUCCUUCUCAGACCUUCUAAUGACCAUCAUGUGUCUCCCCUUCACCUUCGUAUACACUUUAAUGGACCACUGGAUUUUCGGGGAGGCCAUGUGCAAGCUGAAUCCUUUUGUGCAGUGUGUCUCAAUCACAGUCUCAGUUUUCUCUUUGGUCCUCAUUGCGAUUGAACGCCACCAGCUGAUCAUCAACCCUCGAGGGUGGAGGCCGAAUAACAGACAUGCCUAUCUAGGGGUUGCUGCCAUCUGGAUUCUAGCUGUGGCUUCCUCCUUACCUUUCCUGGUUUAUCAUGUAUUAACUGACGAGCCCUUCAAAAAUAUAACAAUCGAUGAAUAUAAGGACAAAUAUGUGUGCUUGGACUUUUUCCCUUUGGACACUAUCAGGCUUUCUUAUACCACAGCUCUAUUGGUGAUACAGUACUUUGGACCACUUUGUUUUAUAUUUAUUUGCUACUUAAAGAUAUACAUACGCUUAAAACGAAGGAACAACAUGAUGGACAAGAUGCGAGACAAUAAAUACAGAUCCACUGAAACUAAAAGGAUCAACAUCAUGCUGAUCUCUAUUGUGGUUGCAUUUGCAGUCUGCUGGCUACCUCUUACCAUCUUUAAUAUUGUGUUUGACUGGAAUCAUGAAAUUCUACCUGUUGCCACCUGCAGCCACAAUUUAUUGUUCUUGAUUUGCCACCUCACAGCCAUGAUCUCUACCUGUGUGAACCCUAUCUUUUAUGGAUUUCUCAACAAGAACUUCCAGAGGGACUUGCAGUUUUUCUUUCAUUUUUGUGAUUUUCGCUCCAGGGAUGAUGAUUAUGAGACUAUAGCCAUGUCCACUAUGCAUACAGAUAUUUCAAAGACUUCUUUGAAGCAAGCAAGCCCAGUAACAUUUAAAAAAAUAAAUAAUGAUUACGAUGAAAAAAUAUAACCCCCUCUUCCAACCUAAGAUGUUGGCAGUACGGUUACAGGUGAUAUGGGCCCAAGGAAAAGCACAAACUUGUAACAAAAUGGGUAAUAAUUUUUCUUUUUUAAGGAACUCUCUUGUCACUUUGAAAUGAUAUGCUGUGCAUUUUUCCCUAUUGCUGCUUUAAUAUUCACAGCAGUUACAUUUGAAUCUCACUAUAAGACAUUGUUGGACCUGCUUCUGUUUAGGGUUUUCGUCAGCUGUCUUUUGUUGGAAAGUUAUGCAUGUCUGCGCUAAGAUUUAUCUAUUGUAUUUAUCAAAAAGGAACAUUUUUUCAGCAGUGUGAAUAUAUACAAAUCCAUUGGAAACAAUAGUGGUCUGAAUGAGACUAUCACUAAAGAAGACAUCUAGUCUGGCAUAAAAUUAGAUCAUUCUGAUUUGAAGAGCUUUUUUUUUUUAAUCCAGUUUUAGAGCAAUAUUAAAUAAAAGCCUAUUUGCUGGAAUAACUAGACAAGAAUGACUCUUUCAGAAACCCUCAGAUUACAUUAAAUGGUGACAUGCAUAUGCAUUGUUUAUAGAGAUAAUUUGUUUUUUAAUCAAUUAGGAUCAAAGAAAGAAUUAAGGGCCAAUUUCUGUUCUUAUUUAUACUAAUGAAAAUUCCACAGAGUUAUUCCACUGAGUGCAAUGGAGUUACUCCAGCUUUUCACCAGUGUAACUUUUAGCAGAAUUUGGCUCUUGAUCCUGUCUGAAUUUGAUCCUAACAUCUUACAGCUAGAUUUAAUAAUGCAAACAAUUUUUUCAUUUAAAAACCACAAUUUAACAUUUUCAUUUGCUAACAUCUGAGGGAAUCAGACUGUUAGCAUGAAGUUCGCCCCUAACCCAAGACAUACACACUAUUUAAAUCCUACUUAGACCCUUUUUUGAGGACCUAAGUGGUGCUUAAGAGCCAGCCCUCUGCACAGGGUGGAAUUUCACCCUCAAAGAAUAUUUUGAAAAUCAGGUCCACUAGUAAAAAUAUGUGGUGGUCCUGGCUAUUUGAAAUUUUAAUAGUAAUUACUUUGCUAGUCUACAUUAAUAAUGUAGAGCUGUAUUCUUCCAUCAGAUACCAUGAUGUAUUUCUGGACUUUCUUCAGCACAAUGAAGGAGUUGAUCCAAAUUUCCAUCAUUGUAAAGGAAGGCAGAAUUUAGCUUGAAAUUUUUGUUGGCACAUGUGGUUGCUAUCCACCCAUUCCAUCUAUUGAUCAAAGGUGCUUUCACCUGUGGAGGCCACUCAUUAUUUGCCAAGAUGUUCACAAUACAGUUCUCUGAAUUAUUACAUUUGUUAAAAGACUUCUCAACUAUAAAUCUCCAGAAUAUAGGCAUACAGGGCUAGAUCCUCUGCUGAUGUAAAUCUACAUAGCUCCACUGAAGUAAAUGGAACUACAACAGUAUUCAUUAGCUGAGAAUCUAUGCCAUAAAGUGUACUUUUCUGUCUAAGUCAGUCCCUAUACAAGUAAUCACCUUGUUUAAUACAAAGAAUAGAGCUGAUUCUUGUUUACACUAAGGUCCCUUGAAACUAUUUUGGCAGUAUAAAAAGGCCUAAAAGCAGGUGUAAUGUAAGUAUAACACACAUGGAAAUUAGGUCUGGCAUCUCUAAACAUAAAGGAUCUCUAAGUUUGAUGUUGAAUUUAAUAUGCUCAAAAUAUGAUAGGAAUAGAUGAUUAAGAAAUGAAAAUAUUUUGUUUUGCCAGUGUUCAAAUGUCAAAAAAUAAUUUGUGCCUUGUGCAGUCUUAUAAAUAAUGUAUUAUAUAGAAUGUUAAGGUAUCAGCGUGUCCUUGUGCUAUUAUAAUUUCAUGUAUCUCAUUUUGGGAAUGUUAUUAUGAGGGCGAUGAGACAACUACUGUACAUACAAUGUAUCCAGAAGAGAACAUUUUGUUUUAGGAGCUUGGCCACUUUUGUGUUUUGUAAGUUUUUCCUUUUCUCUGUGGUCAUCUCUGGUGAUACAUUGCCAAUAGUUUAACAAUGGACGUCUACUAAUAUUUCCCCUUCACUCUGUGAUAAAUGCCAUGAAUCGGGUAAACAUUCUCGCAGGGAGAAAUAGAGCAGGACUGGCAAAUCCAUCCUUGUUUUUCCCAUUUAAAGAAAAACACUUUCUUGUAACCAUAUAGAAGGCAGGAUACAAAACUAUUUGGCAAACUAGCAUAUGAAUGUACCUGCAAGAGAUGUUUAUAGAGUUUCCUCUGUGUUUGGCUCCACUAGCGCAAAGCAACUCUAACACUAGUAUUGCCUGUGAUGUGAAUAGGAGAGUGGGGUAACCAGGGGUGCUGGAACAAUUUGUAUAGUGGGGGUGCUGAGAGCCACUGAACCAAACUGUAAACACUGUACAUGCUGGAAACCACUUCAAGACAGGGGGUUGGCAGCACCCCAACACCCCUACUUCCAUCACCUAUGGAGGAAACAGCUCCGAUGCCAACCCUUACUUGUGGUUGGUGUAGGACAUAUGAACAAAGCAAAGCAAUCCCUGAUGACUGUAACAGCCUCUUGAGAUUGCUGUCAGUGUGAUUAAGUUACAGCUGCCCUAUAACUGUUCUAGCAAUCUACUAGAAUUAUUUGAGGGGGUCAAUAAGCAUGUUGACAAGGGGGAUCCAGUGGAUAUAGUGUAUUUAAAUUUUCAAAAAGCCUUUGACAGGAUACCUCACCAAAGGCUCAAGCAAAGAAAGCUGUCAUGGGAUAAGAAGGAAGGCCUUCUCGUUGGUCAGUAACUGGCUAAAAGAUAGGAAACAAAGGGUGGGAAUAAAUAGUAAAUUUUCAGAAUGGUGCAAGGUAAAUAGUGGUGUUCCCCAGGGAUCUGAGCUGGGACUAGUACUGUUCAGGAUAUUCAUCAAUGAUCUGAAAAAAGGGGUAAACAGUGAGGUGGUAACAUUUGCAGAUAAUACAAAACUACUCAAGAUAGUUAAGUCACAAGCAGACUGCGAAGACCUACAAAAGGAUCUUUCAAAACUGGGCGUCUGAGCAACAAACAGCAGAUGAAAUUCAGUGUUGAUAAAUGCAAAGUAAUGCACAUUGGAAAACAUAAUCCCAGCUAUACAAAUAAAAUGAUGAGAGGUAUAUAUUAGCUGUUACCACUAAAGAAAUAGAUCUUGAAGUCAUUGUGGAUAGUUCUCUGAAAACAUCCACUCAAUGUGCAGCAGCAAUCAAAAAAAUCUAACAGAAUGUUUGGAAUCAUUAGGAAAGGGAUAGAUAACAAGAAAAAAAUAUCAUAUUGCCUCUAUAUAAAUCCAUGGUACACCCACAUCUUGAAUAUUGCAUGCAGAUCUGGUUGCCCCAUAAAAAAAGAGAGAUUUCCAAAUUGAAAAAAUUAUAGCAAAGGGCAACAAAAUGAUUGGGGGAUGGAAUAACUGCCAUAUGAGCAGAGAAUAAUACAACUGAGACUUUUCAGCUUGUAAAAGAGAUGACUAAGGGGGGAUAUGAUAGAGGUCUAUAAAAUCAUGACUGGUAUGGAGAAAGUAAAUAAGGAAGUGUUAUUUACUCCUCAUAACACAAGAAGUAGGGUGUCACCAAAUGAAAUUAAUAGGCAGCAGGUUUAAAACAAACAAAAGAAACAAAAGGAAGUAUUUCUUCACACAACGCACAGUCAAACUUUGUAACUCUUUGCCAGAGAACGUUGUGAAGGCCAAGACUUUAACAGGUUCAAAAAGAAUUAGAUAAGUUCAUGGAGGAUAGGUCUAUCAAUGGCUAUUAGCCAGGAUGGGCAAGGAUGCAAAACCAUGCACUGAAGUAUUCCUAGCCUCUGUUUUCCAGAAGCUGGGAAUGGAUGACAGGGGAUGGAUCACUUGAUGAUUACCUGUUCUGUUCAUUCCUUCUGAAGCACUUGGCACUGGCCAAUGUCAGAAGCUAGGACACUGAACUAGAUGGACCAUUGGUCUGAGCCAGUAUGGCUGGUUAUGUCUUAUACCUGGGAACCAGCCUGGUGGACAGCCAGCCCAGCAUCAGGUGACCUUUGCACUCUUCCCUCUUUCCUCCCCAAGAAGUGCUGUGUACUCUUCAGCUGAGGAUAUAGCCCAGUAUAUUUUGCAGGAACAAAAUAUAUUAACAGGGCAGUUUAAUUUAUUUGGAAUGGUGGUGGGAAGUGAAGACAUUGCAGAGAGGAUUUUGGGCAUGAGAAGGUUCCUCCUUUAGGACAAUGUGUUUGCAAAUGCCUGACACUCACUAGGGCAUUUCAAAGGCAAAAUCUUUACUCUUCAGAGUAUUUUUAUGUAGGGCUGGAAGUGACCUGAGGAGAUCAUCUAGUAUGUCCUUCUCAUGCUGAGUCAGACCAAGAAGACAUAGAAUAUCCCUGGCAAGUGUUUAUUUAAGCUGUUCUUGAACACCUCCAAUCACGGGGAUUCCACAACCUUCUUUGGAAGCUUAUUACAGAGCUUAAAUACCCUUAUAGUUAAAAAGUUUUUUCCUAAUAUAUAACCUAAAUCUCUCUUGCAGCAGAUUAAGCCAAUCACUUCUUGUCUUUCCUUCAGUGGACAUGGAGAACAAUUGACUAAUUCCAUGUUAUAACAGCCCUUAAUAUAUUUGGAGACUAUUUGCCCCCACCCCUCAGUCUUCUUUUCUGAAGAUUAACCGUUCCCAGUUUUUUAAACAUUUCCUCAUAGAUUAUGCUAACAUUCACCUUCAGUUUAGUGUCAAUAUUUUGACAACAGGUCCCAAAAUGCCAGAAAGAGACCCUUCCCGCUCACUUGGCACAUCACUGAUCCUGUUCUUCUUUUUCAGAUUUCCUUCCCUGUACUGCUUCUUCCCUCAUCCUGUGCCAGCCAAGUUCCCUUGUAUGAGAGCCAUUCAUCCAAGGUCAUGUUGUCCACAUGAAUUCCACAGUUUCACAUUUAGUUUCACAUUUACAAAAGCAACAAUCACACAAUUUUGAAAUUGGUUCUUUUAUUGUGUUGUACUGUCCACUUGUAACCCACAACCUACACUGACUUCUAGACAAAGCUCUGUGCAAAUUGCUUUUUUUCUGACUUUCAGCCAGGUAGAAUGUUUAAGAGAGAGAGAGAGAGGAAUCAAUAUGGCAUUCUUACUACUUAUUCAUUUAUGUACAGUUCAUAUAAAUCC